AGGGGGUGCAUAUAACAAAAAAUUGUGAGUUUUUUCGUGUAAGGCUCUGCUAUAUAAGAAGAGAGAGAAGAAGAGGAGCCGAAGAAGAUAGUGAGUUGAGGGAUUGAUCGGUAAGAAAGAAGGAUGAAUCAGAACCCGCAAUCGAGUGAUGGAAGAGGCGACGAUGACACUGCUCUCUCCGAUUUCCUUGCGUCUUUGAUGGAUUACACUCCCACUAUACCUGAUGAAUUGGUGGAGCAUUACUUGGCCAAGAGCGGUUUUCAGUGUCCUGACGUUCGAUUGACUAGAUUGGUAGCUGUUGCCACUCAAAAGUUUGUUGCUGAAGUUGCAGGAGAUGCACUUCAGCACUGUAAAGCAAGACAAGCAACAAUUCCAAAAGACAAAAGGGACAAGCAGCAAAAGGAUAAACGUUUAGUUUUGACCAUGGAAGACCUAUCGAAAGCAUUGCGUGAGUAUGGCGUGAAUCUAAGGCAUCAAGAAUAUUUUGCCGACAGCCCUUCUACUGGAAUGGAUCCUGCUACUCGAGAAGAAUGAGUAUUAUCUUGUUUAUUUGUGUGUUCCGGCUUCUAAAGUUUUAUGUGUAGUAAGUAUUGAUUUAUAUACCAUAGCUGAAUUGAGUACAUUCUAUUUAUUGAUAUGUUGCUAGUUCUGUGUCUCUAGUUUUAUGUUCAGUGUACUGAAGUCAUAGCGCGGUAUGCCCAUUUUACUUUCAGUAUACUGUUAAUGUAGUA